AAUAAUGGUUUUGCAAUUGUUGAUCAGUUAGGUUCAGAUGUCAUUUCAAAGUCUGUUAAAAAUAUACAUAAUUCCUUAACUUUUUCACUCCGUUUGAAUAUGCUGUACUUCUCACCAUUAUUGCCAAUUGCGUGGUGUUGGCCCUUGAAGAGCAUUUGCCUUGAAAAAACGGAGGCCUACUUCCUGGGUAUUUUCUGUGUAGAAGCAUCCCUCAAGAUUCUAGCUCUAGGUUUUGUACUUCAUCCUAAAUCGUAUCUCCGAAAUAUUUGGAACAUGAUGGAUUUUGUUGUAGUAGUCACAGGGUUCAUAACACUCAUCCCUUUCAAUAAUAUGGACAUGGAUCUCCGCACCUUGAGAGCCAUUCGGGUCCUAAGACCUCUCAAACUGGUGUCGGGGAUACCCAGUCUGCAGGUGGUGCUGAAGUCUAUUAUCAAGGCGAUGGCACCAUUGCUGCAGAUUGGUUUGUUGGUGCUGUUCGCUAUUGUCAUUUUUGCCAUCAUUGGACUUGAAUUUUACUCUGGGGCCUUACAUAGGUCAUGUUACAGUUUAGAAGAUUUUGAUGAAAUUGUAAAAGAAGGCGAAUUUGAAAUUCCAUGUAAUGCUGACAAUGAUGCAACAGCACCAGCAGGAAGUUUUGUGUGCAAUGCUAAUCUUUCUACUUGUGUUGAGAAAUGGGAAGGCCCCAAUUUUGGUAUUACAUCAUUUGAUAAUAUUGGAUUUGCCAUGUUGACUGUUUUCCAAUGCAUCACUAUGGAAGGGUGGACGGCCAUUUUAUACUGGACAAAUGAUGCAUUAGGUAGUGCAUUCAACUGGGUGUAUUUUGUGCCCCUUAUAGUCCUUGGUUCCUUCUUCAUGCUCAACCUAGUUCUUGGUGUGCUUAGUGGAGAAUUUGCAAAGGAGAGAGAGAAAGUUGAAAACCGACAGACAUUUUUGAAGCUGCGGCGACAGCAGCAAUUGGAGCGUGAGCUUAACGGUUAUGUUGAAUGGAUUUGUAAAGCAGAGGAAGUGAUAUUAGCAGAGGAGAGAACAACAGAAGAGGAGAAAAUGCAUAUAAUUGAAGCGAGAAGAAGAGCAGCUGCAAAAAGAAAAAAGUUAAAAAGUAUGGGGAAAAGUAAAAGUACUGACACAGAGGAGGAAGAGGGGGAGGAAGAGGAUGACGAUGGGUUCUCUAGAGCUUCCUAUUUGAAAACAAAAGUUAAAAAUAAAGGAGCGUGUGUGCAAUUCUGGAGAGCAGAAAAGCGAUUCAGGUUUUGGAUACGCCACACUGUUAAAACUCAGUGGUUUUAUUGGUUUGUGAUUGUGUUAGUGUUCCUCAAUACACUGUGCACAGCUGUAGAAUAUUAUGAUAUUUCCGAGUUUGUGUUCCUUGGUCUUUUUAUGAUGGAAAUGUUCAUCAAGAUGUAUGCAUUGGGACCUCGCAUUUACUUUGAAUCUUCAUUUAAUCGUUUUGACUGUGUGGUUAUCAGUGGCUCGAUCUUCGAAGUGAUUUGGUCGGCUGUGAAACAGGGCUCAUUUGGCAUCUCAGUACUCAGGGCAUUGCGCCUACUAAGGAUAUUCAAAGUUACAAAGUAUUGGUCAUCUCUACGCAAUCUAGUGAUAUCCUUGCUGAAUUCAAUGCGUUCCAUCAUCUCACUUCUGUUCCUGCUCUUCCUGUUUAUUCUAAUAUUUGCAUUGCUUGGUAUGCAACUUUUUGGUGGUCAGUUCAAUUUUGAAGAUGAAACACCAGCCACAAAUUUCAAUACAUUCCCUAUUGCACUACUCACAGUCUUCCAGAUCCUGACUGGGGAGGACUGGAAUGAAGUGAUGUACCAAGGAAUUCGAUCACAGGGAGGAAACAGUGGUGGCAUGAUCUAUUCCCUUUACUUUAUAAUUCUGGUGCUAUUUGGCAACUACACUCUGCUCAAUGUAUUCUUGGCCAUUGCUGUUGACAACUUGGCCAAUGCGCAGGAACUGACAGCUGCUGAAGAGGAACAGGAGGAGGAAGAUAAAGAGAAACAACAACAGGAGCUGGAGAAAGAGAUGGAAGCCCUGCAGCUAAUGGGUAGUGGGGGCUCUCCCCCAAAAGUGGAAAUCUGUCCUCCUUCCCCAACGCACAACUUUAAAGGAAAAAACAACAAUAAGAAGGAGGAAGAAAAGAAAGAGGAAGAUGAAGACAUGACGGGACCCAAACCAAUGUUGCCAUAUUCGUCCAUGUUCAUUUUCUCACCAACUAAUCCAGUUCGCCGUGGUGCGCAUUGGGUUGUUAAUAUGAAGUAUUUUGACUUUUUCAUUAUGGUAGUUAUCAGUCUUAGUAGCAUAGCUUUGGCUGCUGAAGACCCUGUAGAUGAAGAUUCAGAGCGCAACCAUAUAUUGGAUUAUUUUGAUUAUGCCUUCACUGGGGUCUUCACCAUAGAAAUGAUACUUAAGAUUCUUGAUCUUGGUAUCAUAUUACAUCCUGGUUCAUAUCUUCGGGAAUUUUGGAACAUAAUGGAUGCCGUUGUAGUCAUCUGUGCUGCUGUUUCUUUUGCCUUCGAUAUGACAGGAAGUAAAGCAGGGCAGAAUCUGUCCACAAUUAAAUCUCUGCGAGUGUUGCGAGUGUUGAGGCCCCUCAAAACCAUCAAGCGUGUACCAAAAUUAAAGGCUGUGUUUGAUUGUGUUGUCAACUCGCUCAAGAAUGUCAUCAAUAUUCUCAUAGUGUACAUUCUGUUUCAAUUUAUUUUUGCUGUAAUUGCAGUCCAGUUAUUUAAUGGGAAAUUUUUCUUCUGUAAUGACGAAAGUCGGUUCACCAAAGAGGAUUGCCAGGGUCAAUAUUUUGUUUAUAAUGGAGAUGAUGUUCCUGAGGCAAAAGAGAGAAAAUGGGACACUCAAUCAUUCCAUUAUGACAAUGUAAUGGCAGCAAUGUUAACACUCUUUGCUGUUCAAACAGGAGAAGGUUGGCCGCAAAUUCUUCAAAACUCUAUGGCUACAACCCAAGACAACAGGGGUCCCAUUCAAAAUUAUCGCAUAGAAAUGUCUAUCUUCUAUAUUGUUUAUUUUGUAGUAUUCCCUUUCUUCUUUGUAAAUAUUUUCGUGGCUUUGAUAAUCAUCACAUUUCAAGAACAGGGUGAAGCAGAAUUGCAGGAUGGUGAAAUAGAUAAAAAUCAGAAAUCCUGCAUUGAUUUUACAAUAGGAGCUCGGCCUUUGGAAAGGUAUAUGCCUAACAAGAGAAAUGGAUUUAAGUACAAGAUCUGGCGUAUAGUUGUAUCUACACCUUUUGAAUAUUUCAUAAUGAUCCUCAUUGUGUUCAAUACUCUGCUGUUGAUGAUGAAGUAUGACAACCAAAGCACAUUAUACAAGAAUACUCUCCACUACAUGAACAUCGGGUUUACCAGCAUGUUUACCAUUGAGUGUAUUCUGAAGAUUGUGGCUUAUGGAGUUCGGUUCCAUGAAGCGCCAGAAAUGCUUGAAGAUAUCCUCCAUUUCAUGAACGCGUUGUUCACCAUGUUCUUCCUCAUAGAAUGCAUCCUGAAAAUGAUAGCAUUUGGAUGCAAGAAUUUCUUCAAAGAUCCAUGGAACACAUUUGAUUUCAUCACUGUUAUUGGCAGCAUUGUAGAUGUUUUGGUUAUCGAAUUUGGGAAAUUGCUCUAUGGUGAUGCACAGGAGAAAUUCAUCAACGUGGGUUUCUUACGCCUCUUCCGGGCGGCUCGGCUCAUUAAACUCUUGAGGCAGGGCUACACCAUCAGGAUAUUAUUAUGGACAUUUGUGCAAUCCUUCAAGGUGUGCGACAGGUGAAGCUUGGCCGUCCAUUAUGUUGUCAUGCAUCAGUGGCGCUCCUUGUGAUGAUUUAGUUAAAAAACCUGCUCAAUGUGGUUCAAACCUGGCAUAUGCGUAUUUUGUUUCCUUUAUCUUCUUUUGUUCAUUUUUGAUGUUAAAUUUAUUCGUUGCUGUCAUUAUGGAUAAUUUCGAUUACUUAACAAGAGAUUCAUCAAUAUUAGGAGCUCAUCAUCUGGAUGAAUUUGUGCGAAUUUGGGCUGAAUAUGAUCCGAAUGCUACGGGUAAAAUACAUUACACAGAAAUGUAUGAUAUGCUUAAAAACAUGGAUCCACCUCUGGGAUUCGGCAACAAAUGUCCCAAUCGGCUGGCCUAUAAAAAGCUUAUUCGUAUGAACAUGCCUGUUGAUGAUGAUGGUAAAGUUAACUUCACAACAACCUUGUUUGCUCUUAUCAGAGAGAACUUAAGCAUCAAAGUUCGAAGUGCUGAUGAAAUGGAUCAAGCAGAUGAAGAAUUGCGAGAAACUGUACAGAACAUCUGGCCAUUACAAGCAAAAAAGCUGCUUGAUCUUUUAAUACCAAGAAAUGAGGAGCUGGGGAAAGGCAAACUCACUGUGGGUAAGAUCUACGCUGGACUUCUUAUUUUGGAGAGUUGGCGAACAACAAGAUUUGGCCAGAUUAAAUCUACUGGUGCUCCGAUAACAGUAUUCAGUGCAGAUCCAUCCCAUUCUAAAGUGUGUUGAUCCUUUUAAGGGGUUUGGUGGUCAUAGUCCCUCCAAUAAUGAGGCGGUAGUAUUCUUUAAAUAGACAUUUCUUAUUCCAGUUUCUUGUAGAGAACACAUUAAAAUUUUCCAUUAUUUGCUAUUUCUUAUUCUUAUUCUCUUAGCUUAUAUUCAUUAAAUUCUUUGAGAUCUGUAUGAACAAAUGACUAGAAAUAUCUACAGCACCUGUACCAUAUGUGAAGAGAACAUACAAAUUAUAGUUUCAAAUUUGUAAUGCAUUAUAAAUGCUGUUAUUUUAUUAUUAAAAUAGAAUAAUUGAAAUUUAUUUUGGACAAAAGAUAUUCAAUGAGGAGUACAACUUUCAGAGCAUCUGUACUUAUUGAAGAUACACAAUUACACUGAGCUAACGUCUAGGAGGCUUACCAAUUAUUGGGUAUGAAGUUACCAAACAUUCAACACUAAUCUCUUAAACUCUUAGUGUUCAUAAAUAUUAUAAAUAGAAAUAGUUGUAUCAGAUUAAUUGAUUUAUAAAACCAGAAAUGUAGGGAAAGAAAUACUAAUUAAUCACAAUGAUUUUAGAUUUAAUUAGAUUUAUUUUUUAUAUUUGACAAUUACAUUAAAUGAUUCUGAUACAUCUUGAGAACAGGUUUUAGAAAAUAAAGAUUUCUUACUCAUCAUUAAAUUGUACUAUGUAAGUGAAUGAUGUGAAUUGCAUAUCAAAUUUAUUUACUUUGAAUUUAAAAAUCAUUUACCAAUAGUUAUGUAGGAAACCAUUGUAGGAAAACAUUGCCUAGCUACUGAAGAAGUUGCACAGUUCAAAUAUUGUUAAAGUGACUGUAGCAUAUUUAUUCAAUUUUUUUUUUGUUUUGUUUGGUCAUAAUAUUUUCAUUUAAGCAGAAUGGAAAUGUUGAGGUUAUUGAAAGAAUUUUUAAAAAUAAAUUUGCUUAUACUAUGUAAUUUAUUAUUUUCUUUUACAUGUGAUUCUUUUUUAACCCAACCCUCUACUGCUCUGUGACUAUUGUAAGUCCAGUAAUGGAUUAUGGGCAAUAUUUGAAGUGCACAUUGAGUCAUGUCUCUAAAUUUCUAUCAUGAUCUAAAUUGGCCUAUAUUAGUUUUAUAGUUCCACUCCAUACUCAUAUAAUACUCGGUAAUCAUAAUAAUGUUGAAAUCUUCACCAAGAAUCAGUCUCAAAAUUAAAUGAAUGAUUGUAAAGAGUACACACAAGAACAUAGACAAUGCUAUAUUGCAUUACAUAAAAGUUCAAUUAAAAUGUUAUGCAGCUUUCAUGGUUAGGAAAACUUUUGAACUUAAAAGUGGCCUAAAGGUGAUGCAGUUUGCGGAAACACGGUUUGAGAAGUGUAGGAAAAACAAAGUUAGUUGAGAGUUAUUGAAAUAGCAUAAUUUUGUCAAAGUUUAAACAAAUGUGAUUUGACAAUGAAAGAAGAAUUUUUUUUAUUUUAAAAAAGUUCUAAGUAAUAUGAAGAGUAAUUGAUCUUAAUACAUUGAUUUAGUGUAUUGUAUGUUCUUUACACAUUGGAACAGUAUAAUGUGGAAAAACUUGAUUGUUUGAUAUAGGUCUCACAAUAAGCAAUAACCACCAUCUUCUGCCUCAUUGUCACCCUUAUAUUUACCAUUCUAUGAUAUCUCAUUCAUGGUUCCUUCUCAAGACAGUUAUCACACAACACCAUAUUUGUUGGUUAGUGCUUGUAGUGAAUUCUUAUGUCCAUUGUUAUAUUGCUGUAUCUUUGGAUGGAUGAACAUUUACUGUGACACAUUUGAGAAAGUAAAGCAGUUGGCAUGUAUUAUUUGUGUUCAUUUUUCCAGAGAUGCAGUGUUUUUUUCUCUUUUUGUGGUCUAGAAUGCAGACUGGCCAAGCACCAAUAGUUUUAAUUCACUAUUUCUAUUUCUUAGCUGCAUGACAAAUGAGUGAGCAUGUCAUUUUGAAUGUAGUAAUUGCUGUGUUGUGGUUAUCAUGCUCAAUACAACCUAAGUCACUCAGCUGUUUCACCUUGCAUGGCAACUAUAUAGAAUAAAUAUAAGAAGCAUAGUGUUCUAGUAUAUAAAACAUAGUUUUAAUGGAUAUUUCAACUUUAUUUUGUCACAGUGUUUGCAGCAUGUUUUUAUUUCUGUUGUAUUGAGCUAUGUAACCUAAUUUUCAAUGAUUAUAUAUUUUCUUCAAGAAAGAAUUUAACUUGCUAUUUAUGAUGUACUGACAUUUUUAUCUUAUUAUUUUGAUCACCAACAUGAAUUGCUUAUUAUGCAUUUAGAGAGAAAUAGUAAUUAAAAACUUUCCGAAUCACAAAGAAAGCAGCAGGUGGAACAUCGAGAACAAGAUCAGUAUAUAAAAAGGAAUUCAUAUUAUUCGGGAAGAAAUCACUUACAGAAUUCUGACUUGAUUGUUUAAUUUACAUCAUACACUUGUAAUGUGUGUACGUAUAUUGUUUUCUUUAUAGGAAUGCAUAACAUGUGAAGUUGUGGAUAAGUUAUUUUUAUAACAAUAGUCAUUAUCAAUAGACAUUCUUGUGAAUACACAGCUCUUAAAGGAUUAUUUGGUGUAUGGUAAUGUUAGUUACGUAGAAUAAGUUGAUCGAUAUAGAAAUAGAAUUAAUCAUACUAGUUUUUAUUAGCAUUUUGUAUGUUCAUGUAAAUCUUAAUAUGUUUUAGCUCAUUCAGCAUUUAUGAUUAGUUUUAGACUAGUUCCUAUUGUGUAGAAAUACCCUUUUCUAGGAGAGCUUUCAGUGUUUUCAUUUCUUUUAUCUAAGGAUCUGAUGUGUGUGAAUUUAUUGCAAGAAGAAUGUGUGGGCACAUCUUGUUUCCUCUUUCAUUCACUUUAGGUGAUACUUUGUAAUUGAAGGAAUCCCAUAAUUUAUUUCAAUGAAAUUAAAAUUUAAACUACAAGUUUGAACACAUUAGGCAAAAACUGAAUUUAAAACUUUUGACUUUCCUUCAGUUACAUUGCAAUUCUUCUUUGCAUACAUGCAUAUGUAUGUUUCAUGCCAAUGUGACUAAUAUACAUAAAACAAAAUGUUUGUUUAUUGGCCAAAGAUGAUGUUUGCAAGAAGCAAAUUUGUUCACUUUAUAUGAAUGUUACAGGACUUUUAUACUUUGUAAUCAAGCCUCUCAUUUCCUUGGAUGUAGUAACAUCUUAAAUUUUCUUCAAAAUCAGAAAAUCUCUUAGUAAAGUUAUUUUAUUAGUACAGUCAAUUAUUAAACAAAUAUUAUCUCUGAGAAUAUUAAUAAUGUAUUAGUAUUCCAGUUUAUCUUUUACAUUCUCCUCUUUCUUGGGUGGUGACUGCUUAGUUAUUUAUAUAUUAGAUUAUGCACGCAAGGGAGGGUUGUGCCUUGUUGUUCAGAGCGAAGUUCUAGCAGCAGACUGGGCUGUAACCAUGUGGAGUUGUUCUGUGGGCAGCGGUCCUCAUUUUUUAACUGCCUACUGGACAUGGCGGGCCAAUGGACUGGUCAUGGCAGCGGAGGUUCAGCUCCUCACGGCCCAGGUGUAUCACGAACGGGUAGCCUUGAUCCUGAUAUGGUGGAUGAAACAUCAGGCUUGCUGGUACAGGAAGGCAGCCAGCGAUUGAGCUUCAGGUAAGAGAAAAUAUUGUGGAACCACAAGAUGGCACAUCACGUCAUCCAUCACUGGAUUCCCUUCCUGAUCGAUUGCAUCCUUCAGAUUACCCUCGACAAAUUUCACCGGGUCCAAGGAGAGUGCAUUCCCCAGUCCCACCAAGGCGGAGUCCAUCACCUCAUCGACACCCUCAUCAUCAUGUUCCCCCGCACCUUCAACACCAUGAUAGAUUCAGUGAUGUAGUGGAUAUUGUUAAGAAUGAACAUGAUGUACAUGUUCAUGGCAGAAGACAUGGCCGGAUUAGAGGAUCGUGGUCAGCCUCGACGAGCCCUGCGCGGUCUCCAAGCCCCACACAUGGCCGAUACUACGCUCCUCGGCAUCAUCACCAGUACGGCACAACGAGCCUUGAGCAACGGUCACGCUCUCCUUCACCUCUUGGAGGUCGAACUAUGCCUUCUGCAGGUCCACUUCGA